AUGGCGAGAAAGGCUCUUGUGCCACGGCCCAUGGCAGAGCUCGAGCAACCCGAUCGAGCUGACGCAUCGCGCCUCCCUGUUUCUGUCCGAAAGCUCGCCACGCCUAGUGACUCGACGAGUCCGCCUUCCACCCGCGAAAGCUCCAGAGCCAAUUCUCCGUCGACGUUCAAGCGUCCUCUGCCAGCGGGCAAGACAAGCCGGACAACUACUCCCGUCACCCGCGCCAAGACGCCUACGCGAGCGAAGACGCCCACGCAAGCCACGCCAGGACGCAAGCCUGCACCUCGAGGUCUCAUCACUCCAAAUAACAGCACCCGGCUUACUGCCUACGUAGCAGCACCCCCUCCGAAGCUGUCCCCUCCCUUGCGCAGCUCUCGACCUCGACAAUCCGUAUCAACGGCAACCACGGCAAGUUCGCGCAUGAAGGCUAUCGACAGGGCCAAGUCGCCGCACAAGAAUGUGUCGAGACAAUCUUCCAAGACAGAGGAGUCGGCGACUCGAAGACGAAAGAUCUCCGUUGGACCCAUCGACUUCGAACAAAGACGUGAACACAUCAGACUCGCGUAUACUAAGUCUAUUCGCGACAGUCAGGUGCGGGAUGCGAGACAGGCCGCUGCGAGGCGCAAGAAAGACCAAGAAGCCACUGCCGCCAGAGAAAAAGAAGACAUCCCCCCGGUGCCACAAAUCGGUUCCGCGUCGCCUUCAGUGGACCACAGUGAAACCUUCGAGAGACCGCCCGAGGCGAGUCCCAGCGAACCGGAACCGUCGGCGCAGCCAACGUCACCCGCGCAAUCGCCUCAGCCACUAACAAUAUCAACGGUGGUGCCGCCCAUCGUUUCCCUCUCUCCGCCUCAAGCGCAAGCCUACGACUCUCCCACCUUGGGCAUGCCCGGCAGCUUCCCGGCAUUGAGUCCCCCCAUCGAGAGGGAACAAAUCCCGCAAUCCGCGAUCUCGGCUACAUCGGAAACGACGGAGUUCGAUAACGAACCACAGGAACUCCCACCUGUGCAGCUUGAACCCUCGCAAGCUCCGACUGGCCUUGGGCUGACGAUCCCGCAACCUGACGGAAACCAUGAGCAGGCUGAGAUGGAAGAAUUGCGACGGACGCCGACACCCGAGAAGACCGAAACUCAGGAGGUGCAACCGCCGCCAACGCCGGAGAAGACGGACACGGAGAUACCGGAUGAGCAGCCUACGCCACAGAAGGCCGGAGCUGAGGAGGUGCAACGGGCGCCGACACCAGAAAAGGCCGAGUACCACUACCCAUUCGAGGACGAGUCUGCUAGUGAUGACCUCGUGUCCAUCAAGAUCUCGUUGGAUCCAACGUCUCUCCAGCAAUCGCCCGAGCCGACCCCGACCAGGAGCGAGUUCGAAGAUCCAUCCAUUCCUGGUGCGUUCACUAGCUCUCGGCCGAUAUCUGAGGAGUACGAACCCGUCCCUUUCUCAAGCCCUUCGUACGAAACGACAGUCAAGAUUAUUCGACGGGAUUCCGAGUAUGAUUCGCCGCGACAGGAAACCAUUCCUUUCCCAAGAAUGGAGUCCUAUGAUGACUUUGAUGACCAGAGUCAACUCGGUGACAUGGAUGGGUCCGUCUGCGACGUUUCUUACUUCCAUCACAAUACUGAGAAGGAAAUGGGAGCAGCGUCUAGCGACACCCUUGAAAAGCCCGAAGACUUUUAUAACGACCGCCACAAGGACAACGAUUCGUCUCAGCGAGCGUCUACCUGCGAGUCUUCUGAUGCGCAAGAGGACCCUCACAAGACGAGUCUUGAGAGCCAGCAAACCCCGGAUACCUCUCACAGCUUGAUGGUUCCAUCCAUGCAUGCAACAGUGAACCGAUCCAGUCAGCAGUCUGCGUGGACCGACUUCUCUGUCGACAGCAACGAGGCCCUCGACCACGGAAACUCAACUUUCGAUGAUGGCCUGUCUAUACCGAAGCCGCCGUACGCGUCCGACCUCACGUACGGAUCCGGCUCUAGCAGAGACUCGUCCGCGCGACAAAGUGAACACUACAGCCCAGACUUCAGCCCAUUGGAUUCAGGAGCCACUGAGCCGCCCGGUCGCGCAACUAUCCAUCAACUGCCAGAGUUGGACACUGGAGAAGGCUUCUCGAUCCCUUACCUCGAGAGCAAGCAGCCGACUGUGAAGUCAGGCCCAGUACCACGUCCGGAACACGAGCCUCCGCCGGUACCUGCUCCCAAGUCGAGGUCGCUGUACGAGGGCCGGCGAACGGCAGUUAGCAGCUACUACGCCGAUACCCUUCCCGGAAGUACCAUAAUGGGGUCUUCUCGGCGCGAGAGUGAGGAUGUGUCACGUCCUGUCUCCACUACUCAAUCUAUCGAUCACAUGUCGAUUGAGACCAGGGAAUAUUCUCUCGGCGGCCAGACCCCAGUUGAUUCGAUCGCAACGCCUGGCAGAGAGCAAGACGGACCGACCGGAAAAGAGAGGCAUCGCCUGGUGCAACGACGCAAUGUGAUCAGGGAACUCGUCGACACUGAGAUGGUGUUUGUCAGGGAUAUGAACAUCGUGGAAGAGAUCUACAAGGGAACCGCCGAGGCCUGCCCGCGACUGGACGACAAAACUAUUAAGCUUGUCUUCAGAAACACGGACGAGAUCAUCAGCUUUCACACAACGUUCUGUGCCCAGCUUAAGGAAGCUGUUUGUACGGUAUACGUGCCCCAUGGACGCCGAUCGCCUCUGCCAAAGGAGGAAUCGAUUGCUUCUGAUCAGACUGGAAACUCCUCGGCCAACCCAGCAGCCCCUGAAUUGGGUGACGACAAAGACAGAGCCACGUCGAUCGGCCCGCUCUUCAAGAGGAACAUUGAGCAGAUGAGAGUGGCUCACGAGGGCUUCCUCAGAAACAGCGACCACGCAGCCAAGCGAUUGAUCCAGAUCCAGCAAGACCCUACCGUGAAGGUCUGGCUGAACGAGUGCAAUGAGGUAGCCAAGGACCUUACGGCAGCCUGGGAUCUGGAUUCUCUACUCAUCAAGCCCAUGCAGCGAAUUACGAAAUACCCUAACCUCAUUCAAGAGCUCCUGAAACAUACCCCGGAAGACCAUCCGGACCGAGCUGAGCUGAUUUCAGCCAAGGAAACCCUGGAACUGGCUAUUAUCGAGAUCAACAAGACGAAGAAGAACUUUGAGCUCGUUGGUCAAAUUGUUGGCCGGAAGAGGAAGGAGUCUGAUGUGAAGGCUGGAUUCGCUCGUGCUUUUGGCAAGCGGGUUGACAAGCUUCAGGCUGCAAGCUCGAAAAUCCCUGAAGAUGCCGUGUAUGCCAAGCUUCACGAGAAGUUUGGCGAUGACUACCUACGACUUCAAGUUGUGCUCAGAGACGUCGAGUUCUACACUCGGCAGGUCAGCGCCUAUGUCCACGAGUUCCUUCAGUACUUGUCCGCUAUGGAGCUUGUCAUGCGACUUCAACCGGGCAGUUAUCCAGAACUGGAAAGCAAAUGGGUGCAAUUUAAUGUCUCGAUGAGGGACAUCGAGAAGAUUGCCCUGGAAGACCAUCUCCAACAGGUUCGGAAGCAUGUGAUCGAGCCCUUUGAGCAUGUCAUCAAGGCUUACGGCAACCCGUCGCUGGCGAUGAAGAAGCGAGCAAAGCGGCGUCUCGACUAUGAAAGAGCAGAGCAGAUCAAGAAGGGCGGAAAGACACCGGACCCUAGACUCAAGGAGCUGGUGGAACAGUAUGAAGCUCUCAAUGAGACUCUAAAGAAGGAGCUUCCACAGCUGUCUGCCUUGACGGAGAGAAUCGGUAACAUUUGUCUUGGCAAUUUCGUCAACAUCCAAGCAAACUGGUACUCCAUUUGGGUGGAGAAGGUGAAGAAGGUGACGGGGGAGAUGGGGCCACCGCCUGACGUCCCAGACAUUGUGUCUACGUUCCAGCGGGAUUACAAGUACGCGCAGGAACUGUUCGCCAAUAUCGGAAUCUUGAACCCGGCAUACAAGGGCAGAACAUCACAGUCGACCACAGCCAGCACAGAGGAUGUUACAUCCAAGCACCGCCCCCGGCCUGCCGAGCUCUCCUCUCCCCGGGGUAGGGGCUUGUCGGUCAAUGGCGACCACGCUCCCAUGCUACCGACACCAGAGUUUGCCAAGCGCCACAGUGGCCAGUUUACUCUCUCACCCAGCACAGCUCCUCUCAGUCCCCAUCAGUUUUACUACCGAGACUACUAUGCUGGUGCAACUGCACAGCGACCAUCGGUGACGGCGUCACCAGUUACGGGAGAUCAGUCGCCUGUACCACGUGCAAACGUCCCUCCGCCAUCUACUCGGCCCGGCACAGGCCAAAGUCACAACACAAACGGUCUGCCAAGACAGAGUUCAGAAUCAACAGCAAAUAACAGGAGAGACUCGAACCCGGCCUACCCGUCCCAGCACUCUGGCAGCGAACCGAGAAGGUUCUCGGGCCUGUUCCACUCUGCUCUUCCUAUGCCAGAUGGCAUGGAAGAAAGUCAGAGAUCCUCACGAGCAUCAUCGCGUGAGCGCACACCAGCUGGGAACGGAUACAACGUGCUUUGGCUGGCAGCAUCACUCUUUGAGUUCAACAUUGAAACAACAAAGCAUGAGGCAGGGUACCCGUACCUCACGUACCAGGCUGGUGAGAUCUUUGAUGUCAUUGCUGAAAAGGGCGAGCUAUGGCUUGCCAAGAACCAAGACGACCCCGACGACCAAGUUGGUUGGAUUUGGUCCAAGCACUUUGCGAAACUGGCUGAUUCAUAG